AUGCGGCGGCGGCGGCGGCGGAGGCGGGCGGGCGGCCGGGGGGGCGGGCCGGGGGCGGGCCGAGGAUGGGGUUACCUGGGCGGGCCCAGCGGCCCGGGACACCCCCCGGGGGCGGGCCGCAGCGGCGGCAGCAGCGGCCGCCCUGGCCCGCGGGACCGGGCUUCUCCGGAGUCCUCCCCGGGAGAACGGGGGUCCGAGCCCGCUCCGGGCACCCUGGCCGCGCGCCGCCUCGCCCGCCCGGUUAGAGGCGCGGCGACCCGGCGGCCGUCCCCGCCCGGGCCUCGGGGACAGCGGGCACAGCUCCCCCAGCCCGCCGCGGCGGGCACUGCAGGCCGCCCUCGCCGCCCCGCCGAGGCCCCCCCAGCCCGCUCCCCUCCCCGGUGGCGCCUCGGAGCCCGACCCCGGCCCGGCCGGAGCGGACGGAGCGGAGCGCUGCUGCCAUUCGCACGCACCCAGCUGCGUGCGCUCCGGCCGCACCCCCCGAGGUCCGGGUGCCCGGCCCCCGCCCGCCAGGCCCUCCUGCCUCCGGCCAGCGCGUCCUCUGGCCCGGCCCCGCCCCGCCCCGCCGCUCGCUCACCUCCCUCAGCCUUCCCGGACUGGCCGGGCCUCCCCGGCUCCGGGCAGCAGCUCGGGACAGGGGCCCGGGACCGCGGGAACCUGAGACCUGGACUCGGGCUUAGCCUGAGAUCAGGGCGCUCCCGGAGCCACGGGGUCUGGAGCAGGUCGCUUCGCUCCCUGGGCCUCGGUUUUCUCAUCCGAGAGCUAAACACAAGCCCCAGGGGUGGUGAGGGUGGAAGGAGCAGAAGGAAGGUCUUGUUAAAGUUUAUUAUUAUGACUUUUAGCACUCAUCAAGUCGUGCUUUGCCUUUUUUUUUUUUUUUCCUUUAGGCACGCUUGUUGUAUUUACCCUUCCUAGUCUCACAGAUUCUGCAGGCGCUCAGCGCCUGGCACACAGUAGGUGGCCGCAGUGUCUGUGGAAUGAAUGGUUGAGAUGGAAUGGGCUGCAGCGUGUGCCUUGAUAGUGUGGAGUGAUCAAGUCCACACCAUAAUAAUCGCACACUUUCAUAACAACCUGGAAGACCAGCUCUGAGUGUGGCGUUCCCAGACUCCUCGGACCCUGCACUGGAGUGGGGAGAAGAACCGCCCCCACUCCCAGCCCGCCUUCGGCCUGCUCUGCAGGGGCCUGUGCAUGCACAAGUGGACAACUCAGCCUGCACACGCCAGCUCUGUCUACGCCGCACCUGCCCCCGAGAGCUGCCGGGGCUGAGCGUCCUGGGGGUGCAGUCUGCCCUCCAGGUCUCUGUGGAAAAGACCCAUCCAGGUCCUGGCCAUCUGGGCAGCCAAUCCCAGGGCCCUGGGUACCCAGAGUGUGGUCUGCAGGAGGGGGCAUAGGCUUCAGGUGGGCACGUCCCUUCGGCCCCAUGGGCUUUUCCUGUGAUGAGAGCUUAGCUGGGGCGGGGGUGGGGGUGGGGAGCAGAGUGUGGGGUCCCAGGGCAGGGCCCACUCUCACGUAAGGGUGGUACUAAAUUACUGAACUGUUUUUGAGCCAAUGAAUUUGCUUCCUGGCACCUCUCUGUGGUCUGGUGGAUAAUAAUAAUAAUAAUAAUAAUAAUUAUACUGAUAAUAACUUAAAUGGCACAGGCAGCUAUUUUAGGGUGGCCAUGUAAUUUUCUCCCAAACAGGACAUUUCUAAGCGCGAUGGGGACUCUACCGGGAGAUGUGCUGGGCUGCCAGGCACGAGGGGGGACUGUGCCUGGCAAACGGGGACGCCAGGCGGUGUUCUAAGAGCUUUUCGUGCUGCUGCUCACCCUGGAAGCGGGUACGGCCAUUCCCCCCAUGGACGGACGAGACCGACUUGUCCAGGGAAAGCGGUGGACCCCAGACCCAGAGCCAUGGCUGCCCUGUGCCUGGGGCUCAGUUGUUUGGGCUCUCGCCUCUCUCCCACAGCGUGUGCCCCCUGACCAUUGGGGAGCUGCCGGACAUCCGGUGUCUGUAUCCAUCCGCUGAGGACGACGUUACCUGCCUCACCUUCUGCAGGGGCGGCUGGGAGACACACAUGACGCCGUGGGUGGGAGCCCUGGGAGCUGGAGUGAGCGGAGCCAGCGAGGGAGGGCGGGAACGGGGCGCAGGGCCAGCGAGGCCCACCCUGCUGGCGAUAAGGAGGGGGAGGAGCCCUGCGGUCUGAGUCAGUGGAAAGUCUUAAUGGGAAAGUCUCUAUGAGGAAAUGUCCUCCUAGCUUUCCGGGACAGUUUAAUUGUGAAGAUUCAAAUGCCAAUUCAUUAAAAAGUUCAAUUGUCAACAACUCCUUCCUGUGUCAUCGCGUGGCGUAAUGACAAACGACAUGUGCUGCCCCGUGCCAGCCACGGCGCCGG